GAGAGAAUAAUUCAAAUAAAUAUUAGCCUUAGGAUGUUGAAGCCGAAAAUUCGAUUCCUAUGGCUCCUCCUCUUCUUCUUCUUCAUCGGACGGCAAAUUCGAUUUUCCGGCGCCGACAUUGGAACCGCCAGCCAAUACGUUCCUCCGUACACUCCGACGGCGUGCUACGGCAGCGAUUUCAGCCAGUUUCCGACGAGCAACCUGUUCGCGGCGGCGGGGGAGGGGAUUUGGGAGAAUGGCGCCGCCUGCGGGCGGCGGUACUCCCUCCGGUGCAUCAGCGGAGGCGCGCCGACGGCCUGCGUCGCCGGAGAGUUGACGGUCGAGGUUAAGAUUGUGGACCGGGCGGCCACCUCCGUAUCCCAGCCGAGCCGGCCCGGUUCAAGCCUCGUCUUAUCCAACACGGCUUUCCAGAAAAUCGCCGAUCCUGCGGUUCCUUACUUGAACAUUGAAUUUGAACAGUGAGUAUUCAUUCCCCCUUCACACGCUUUAUUAAUUUGGAAACACGUUUUUAAAUUUUAUUCUCAAAACACGUUUUUUAAUUUUAUUCCCCAAAAAAUAAAGAAAUCGCACGUAAAUGUAAAAUAAAUUAAAAUUAAUCGCAUCUACCCAAUUUUGUAAAGUUAAAAUUGAUUUUAUCAAUAUUUAAUAAUAGUAUUAAUAAUUAUGAAUUUUAGUUGUAAUACCUUUUUUUUAUUUAAAAAAAUAUUGCAUGAAAGUUAAUUAAAUAUUAAUUACUGUUACAAUUUCAAAAAAAGACAGUGCUGAAUGAAACGUGUGAUACUUGCCCAACUACCUAAUUUUUAUAAAAAAAAAAUAAUUAUGAUAAUUUUUAUUUUUU